CCGAGCAAGCUGGCGUUUGUCUGCAGGCAGCUUCCGGGUCAUGUGGCCAGCAUGACUAAGCCGCUUCUGGCGAACCAGAGCAGCGCAUGGAAACGCCGUUUACCUUCCCACCAGAGCGGUACCUAUUUAUCUACUUGCACUUCGAUGUGCUUUCGAACUGCUAGGUUGGCAGGAGCAGGGACUGAGCAACGGGAGCUCACCCCAUCGCGGGGAUUUGAACCUCCAACCUUCUGAUUGGCAAGCCCUAGGUUCUGUGGUUUAGACCACAGCGCCACCCGCGUUGUUAUGAUAUUUAUGAUACUUCUUACCUAAAAUGUCUCCAGGCAACUUACAUCCAAGCGACUUAACAGAGUAGGCAACUGAUGUCCACAGUCAUUUUUAAAAUGGCAAAUUUUAGUUGAGAAUUGUUGUUGUUAUUAUUAGUAGUACAGUGGUACAAUGGCUUACAGACGCUUCAGGUUACAGAUGCUUCAAGUUACAGACUCUGAUAACCCAGAAAUAGUUACUCAGGUUAAGAACUUUGCUUCAGGAUGAGAACAGAAAUCGCUCGGUGGCGGCACGGCGGCAGCGGGGGGCCCCAUUAGCUAAAGUGGUACCUCAGGUUAAGAGCAGUUUCAGGUUAAGAACGGACCUCCAGAAUGAAUUAUGUUCUUAACCCGAGGUACCACUGUAGUAGUAGCAGCAGUAAUAACAUCAAUAUUGCUUCUUGUUUGGUGGUUCUGGUUGAAAUGUAAGAGCUAGUGUCAUAUUCUGUGCUUCUCUAAUAGUGUCAACUUACCAACACUCUGCAACCAUCACUUUCCAAAUCUGACUGACAAAUACUUGUCUGGAGAUUGAUUUGCUUCUCAAUUAUCACCCAGUCACAAGUGCAGUCCCUUUAAUCAAUUAUAUGGGUAGAGAUUACAGUCAAGGAGAGCUCACAGGCUUCCAUUAAGCCAGAUCGCUUUCAGAGGAAAGGCAAUUUUCUAUAUAAGAUUUGAUUGAUAUAAGAUCUUGUGCUGCAGGGUGUGUAAAAUUAUCCCUUUGUAAACAGCUUGGUUCUCCAGUUCUGACCACCUCUGCUGCAUGGUUUGGGCUCCACGGGGGCAUGUCUUUUGUGAUGCUUUUACACUGAAGCAAAACUGUUAAUGCACAGUGCUUUAAGGAAGAUUUCACACUCUGAGGAUGAAGGAGAAAGUCCUCUGUGUGACCGCAGAGUGGCACCCACAGGGAACUAUCAGCUAUACAACUUUCCCAGUCCUACCUGCAGUGGUGGGGUGGUAAAUUCUGUAGUGCAGGAGCUUAUAGAAGAGUCCAAAAAUGUAGUCAGCAAUAUUGAUUCCUCCGCAUACAUACACUCCGCAACCCAUUGUAACACACAGUACGCAACUUAUUAGGAUCAGCAUGACAGCCACCCUAAGCAUAGUUUCCUGUAAGACUCCUGUCCUGUUGAAAUCAGUGGUGAUUACUUCUAACUGCAGAGAUUCAACCUGUGAAACACACAGAAGUGACUUACCUGGGGGGAGCUGCUGCAGCAGUAACCUUCUGGGGGUAUCACUACUGCUUAGCAGGGGGAGGUGCAAGUCAGCAGUGAGGUUGGGGCCAUGCAGGUGCAACAGGGGGCACACCACAUUGGCUCUGCCGCUGCACCAGCUUAAUCCUUCACCCACAGCCUCUGCCCUCUUCCUCUUGGCAAGUGGCAGCGUCAGUGCUGCCUGGAGGCUAUUGCUGCCACUCUGAAAACACAUCGGACUUUAGCCUUCAGCUACGAAUUAGAUAUAUUGCAAAUAAGUGUUACUAUUUAAGCUGCUAGCCUAAAAUAGGAACACCAUCAAAUAAAAGGGAAGAAGAAUCUAGCCUCUGAUUAUUUCCCACAUAUUCUGACUUCCUCCCAUGCUAAUCCUAUCACAGAAAAAUGUGAAAGCCUUUUUAUUACUGUACUUAAAGGCAUCAAGGAUUGUCAAGUUACCCUGAUUUUCCAGGCUUUGUUGUUCCUGCUCUGUGAAAAAGUCCAAAAGUUUCCCUCUCCACUAUACCACUGGCUAAAAAUGAAGAGAUGUGUUUUUAAGCUGCUUCAGAUUGGCAGAUUUCCAGAACUGGGGCACCACCACCAAGAAGGUCCCGUUUCUCCAGGAUUGCAUGUUUCUCAUGCAUUUCUUUUGGCACAAACAUGGGCACAUUUUCACACUCACGUGUCGGUUUCAUGUCCAUUCCAUAUGCACUCUCAAUUCCCAGGGAAAUGCACAAGCACAGAUGCUUGUCCACAAAGAGGCACAUCCUUUCAAUGGUCUCAGCAGGCCGAGUUACUAAAACAAAAGGGAAGCCUCUGGAUUCCCCCUCUCUGUCUCAGGUCAUCAAAUCAGUCUUGGAAAGAAAGUACAAGUACUCUCCUCUUUCCUUGUCACAGGGUCAAUAGAUGAAAACCUUUUCCUUGGGGCAGGAUGGAUGGAAAGCCACUAUCAGAUGUUUGCCCAGUUCAGUUCUGCUGCUGAAAACAAAUUCUUAGUUCACUAAGAAUUGGCAUAAUCAGAGGCAUAAUCAUGGUUUGUUUGUUUUUUGUCUGUUUUUUUAAACCUAGUUGUAUGUCUUUUGCAUCUGGCUGGAGUUGAUAGAUUUUGGGAUUCUAGUAAUAAAAGACAAGUCCACUCAGUGCCACCCCUGGGUUAAAUAAACCUCUGUUCUGAUCAGGAGUCUUGGCCUCCCCACGAACGCAUUUAUGCAAAUUGUUGCUCAUGCAAACAAGAAUAGUAGUUUGUGCAAAUGAGGGCCAGGUGAGCUAUAUCAGUGGCCUUUACUAUAAGGACCUAUGUCUGCAUCUUCAUUUGGUCCACUUUUGCCCUUUUUUCUCAACAAAAUUUUUUAUUUUCUUUUUACCGGCAGUGUGACUGUUGUCUGGUAAAACGGGUUAGGAACUGAAAACAGAAGGGCAAGCAAUGAGUUAAAACAGAGUCACCUGAAUUGUACACAAAACCAACUUGCAAAGAAAAAUGAGCGCACUCUUUGAAAAUGUAACAAGACAUAUCAGGAUCUGAUCUUGAGAUAGGCAAGGCAUCCCUCGUCCCCGUCAUUGUGAGAUGCACAGAUAGCAACUUCAACAAGAAUGAGCAAAGAGGAAUUUUGCACUAGUAUUUUUCCUUCCCAAAAAUCUUUCCGUUAAAGGCACACAACACUCUACUAUUCACACUUUCAUUUUAAUAGCUCUGGGGAAAGAUUAUUCAGCUCCCUGAAUAGCUGGGGGGGUGCACAAUAAAAUAACUGUUCGACUGGUGGGAAAAUGCUCUGUUGUCUUGCAGUACCAGUUGGUAUUAUGUAGGCUUGUUUGUUGUCUAUUUAUAAUAGAUUGCAAUUGGGAACUGGAUACAAAACAAACACUGGCGCUCCAGUGUGGCUUAACUUUAUAUCGGAUUCUUUCUUGGCUAGUUUAUUUUUAGAUUAGCUAUCUUUGACUUACAGAUGCAGCCUUAAGUGACACACCUUUAAAGAAAGCUGUAUCUUCUCUAGCAUCCACCACGAUGAUUUGUGAGAUAGGAAAAUAACUCAGUUUCAACCUUUCCCAGUACAGUACUGCUUUUUGAACUUUUGUGGAUUGCAGAAUAGGGCAAGGCCAUUGAACUGUCAAGUUCAGGUAGAACACAUAACUUAUUUUAAGUAUUUGGGAGACUCUUUUGGGACAGUUGCAUGUCCUUUCCAUCUUUUCUGCUGUUGGCUACUCUGCUUACAUUUUUUUGAGGUUGGUCUUCAUUCCCUAAGGCUUUAGCAGAAAUCCAUUCACAUAGUUUCCUGGUCACUUACUAGACAGCAGUUGUGUUUUGGAUUUUUAAAAGAAGCUCUUUUAUGUCUAUGCGCGUUGAAGUGAGGUAAUAUGGAAACUUACUCCUGUAAAUAAAUAUUUACAUAAUGCACUGGACUCAGUAACGUCUCACCAUUACAUUGCUCCCUGGAGAAAAGGUCACUUUUGACAUCAUUAAUCUUUUGAGGGGAAGAUACAUGCUCACAGAUAACAUGGGUUUCAUUUUAGCAAUGUAGAGUGUCGCUGAAUAUAGGCUGUGCUUGUUUCCCUUCCUAACAGAACGCAGCCAAAGUUAAACACUUCUGUGUGCCACUGAUUUCAUUGGGAAUUAAACAUUUCUAACCUUUGGCGUCAUUGUGCCCGUUAAGAAUGAGCCUUGCUGAGUCAGGCCAGAGAACUCUGGGAACUGUAGUUCUGUGAGGGGAACUGGGGCUCCUAACUGAGCAUUCUUUACAAAGUAAAGCUCUCAGAAGUCGUUUGGGGAAGCCAUAACUGUUCAAAGUGGUAUCAUUGGUAGUACAGUCCAUAGACCACAAGACUCUUAAUUUCAGGGUCGUGGGUUCAAGCCCGAUGCAUAAUUUUAUUCUGUUUUGUUCUAUAUGCCUGUUUAUGGUUGCAUUCAGAUGUGGAAAUUAUUGUGUUUGUUUUCCAGGUUAUAGUGCUAGCACUUCUAUCCCAGAUUCUGUCGUUUCUUUUGCAUUGUAUUACCUGUUGUGUUGUGACUUUGUGGUCAGUAUACUGCUAUAUAUAUAUAUAUUGCUAAAUUUUAAAUGGCAGGAAAGGACUGUAUGCUGGAAUACCUCCCUAAUUUUUGCUGUGUGAAAUUACACAGCAAAUCUCCCGCCAUUUUCCUAGUUAACAGGGUUGAAGAAAGUGUGUGUGUGAAAGCAGAUAACAUGGAAAUGAGCACUAAAGUUCCACUAGUUUUCCAGAAGUGGUUUUUACGUUGUGUGAAAGAUCACAUAACACUUGGAAAUUAUCAGGUAAGGAAAAAUUGGUGAAACCAAAGAAGGUUGAUGGAACGCAGCCUAUAUUGUAUGUUGUGUUGUAAUCUGCCCUGUGCUCAUAGGCGCCAUCGGGGGGAGGGGGAAACAGGGAGCCAAGGGCUCCCCCCAAAAUUUUAAGGAGCGGGCUGAGUUUCCCCAAAAUUCUGUGGCAGCUGUGCGCACACACUGCGGGGCCUGCUUAUGUCACGUGCUCAAGCUGCAGAGUGUGCGCACAACAUGUUAGCAUGCCCUGUAGCAUGUGUGCUUGAUGUCAGCAUGCCUCACGGUGUGUGUGCACAGUGUGCUUACACAGCCCCGGCCCCCUCAAUUGCGGGAGCAAGGCGGCGUGCUUGCCUGUGCUCCAGUCUGGAGGGAGGGUAGAGUAUAAAAAUUCCGAAGCAAACAAAUAGUCCUUUGGCAUAUGGCAUGGUGGGGGCAGCUAUUUGAUAUGCCCCAAACCCAAUUCUGUGUGCGAAACUAAUUGCAUGGUUCUUUGGAAGCUGGGCCAUGUGGCUUCUCUCCAGGCACUUGCUGUUCUUCAGUGGAAUUCGCGAAAGGACUUAGGAAAUCCCUCGAAGUGGAAUCUUAAGACUUUAGGACUCCAUCAAUGGCAUAAUUCAGAGACACACAGAGUUCCCAGAUGUGUAUCUGAGAACUCCGUUCUCCUGGGAAAUUCUGUCCCAUAAUGUGUAAAAAGUUAAGGAGGGCUUCUCCCGGAAAAUAUUGACAUUUUACAGAAUACCUUUUGGAGGGGGAAAUAGCCAUUUAACAUUUUUUUUAAAAAAAAUCUUUCUCUGUUUUAUUGUAUUUUAACCCUAUUAGAUAAAUAUGAUUUUGAAAAUGGAUGUCAGAUUAAUUAUGUCUUUAAUCUCCCCCCAUUAGAUGUUUAUAAAUUUUGGGGGGUGUUUUAAGGAGGCAAUUUAUAUUAAAGCAUAUGGUUGAUUUUUCCUCUGACAAUGUAAUUAUAUUUUUCUUUAAAAGAUAAAGAUUUGUUGACAAUCUCUCAUUUCAAGCUUUAAAAAAACAGCAACCCUGAAUUAUUACUUUUACUCGCGUUAUCCUUUUCACGUUGUCUCUUGAAAUUAUACAUAGUUAAGGAAAUGUGAAAGAGGGUUGGGAAAGGUAGGCUAUACCACCUUUGGGGCUGCAAUCCCAUAUCACCUACCUACAGUAAUUGUGAGUGAACCCCAUUGAACUCAAUAGGACUCAUUUCUUUGUAGACAUGUGUGUGCUGGAUUGCACUGCCAAGCACACAGGACCCCAUGGCUUGCGCUUUUCCUUCCGUCCGAGAUUUUAAGUCAAGCCCUAAAAGAUUUGCUUUUCAUUCCUAGAGCAGCCCUCCUUCUAUCUUUGUGUUUUGCCCCAAGAGCAGUUAUGAAACCUUGUUUACAGCAAGGAAGCUGGGCACAAUUUCUAAGUGGGUCUUCAGCUGUACAUUGCUAUCCAAUUGUGUGUGUGUGUGUGUGUGUGUGUGUGUGUGUGUGUUGCAGUUUCUGGGGUUUCACUUGUAAUAUUAAUGAGCCUUUAGAGAGCAAACAGUGCCUCCUUUGUUCCUAUAGAAGAUCCAGGCUGGGGAGGGCCGGAGGGUGAAGAUUUCAUGGGAGAGAAAAAUAAUAAAUCUUUAAAUUGAAAUUUUCUGGCAUGCUGCACUGGUCUGUGCCAGAGCUUUGAAGAAGGCAUAAUCAGAAGCAGAGUUUCCCCACUCGUGCUAAAUAAUAAAUCAGACACCCAAACAAGAGCCCCACAUGGGUUAAUGGCCUUAUUUUCAUGGUGAAAUCUGCAUGCAUGUAUCUAAGGCAGAGCCGGGAUUGGCUGGCAAGCUCAUUGCAGAUCCAGGUGGCAUAUACUGACAGCUCCAGGUCACAUGAUGGCUAUUAGGGCUUGCUUUUCCACUCCUCUGGCUGAGCUUGUCAGCAAGGGUCGAACACAGGCAUCCUGCAGCUCCAAGGAAUGUAGAAAAUGAGAGGAGGGGAAAGGAGGGAGGUCGCGAGAGAGGAGGCUGCUUUGUUGUCUUUCUCCCCUUCGAUCAGUCUGAAUUUCUGACAAGCGUGGACUACGGAGGUGCGGAAUUGCAGCCGCAGCUGCCAGGAGACCCUGGUCAUGAGGCUCAACCCAUAUCGGUUUCGUGAAAGGAGGAGGAUAGAUUAAACUGGCAUGUACAGUCUGUAUUGGCUGCCAAGGGGGCACUUAGCUCGCUGAUGAAUUAGAUUGAUCUUCUGUCCUCUGCAGUAAUACCCCCAGGAAACAAAGGAGCUGGAAAAAACAGGCAGUGUUUGCUGUAGUAAAAUUCUGGACUGAUCAACAGAAUGGAAAGGCGGGGUCCCUGUUAUGAAACUAUAAGGCAGCGUUCAUAUGAGGAUCCUUGGGCAAAUGCGCCGAUUCUGCUUCAGGGACCUGUUUCUUUUCUUCAAGGGUUUUCCCCUUUUCCUCUCUUUUUGUAAUCCUGCCUUUUAAGAUUAAGGCUGCCCUCCUCGUCCUCGUGCGUCUCCCCCUCCUCCUUUUCGUGCUACAGCAUGGAACGUCUUUUGUUUCAGUUAAAUUCAGUCCUCUCGGUCUGUCACCUGACAGUCUUGUGGUUCUGGAUGAAUGUGGCUCACUUCUAUUAUUAACCUGGGUUGGCAGCUGGUCCUCCUAACAGGAGUUUAUAGAGAUUCCGAAAAGUGGAGCUUGCUUAAGGGAGAAAGAUGCUUCCCAGCUGGCCUUUGCCGGAGUUUGAUCCAAGUCAGAUCCGACUAGUUGUGUACCAGGACUGUGAAAGAAGAGGGCGAAAUGUUUUAUUUGACUCCAGUGCUAAGAGGAGAAUUGAAGAUGCAUCUGUCUCGAAACUCUGCAGCGACGCUCAGGUGAAAGUCAUUGGGAAAUGUUGCCAGCUCAAACCUGGAGGGGACAGCUCUUCCUCUUUGGAUAGUUCAAUUAAUUCGUCUUCUUCCUCUUCUGAAGCAAAAGAACAAUGUCCAAAAUUUCAGGGUUCCCGGUGUUCCUCAGAUGCAAAUAUGCUUGGGGAGAUGAUGUUUGGCUCUGUGGCUAUGAGCUACAAGGGCUCAACCUUAAAAAUCCAUCAAAUCCGCUCUCCUCCGCAGCUCAUGCUCAGCAAAGUUUUUACAGCUCGAACUGGAAGCAGCAUCUAUGGAAGUUUAAACACGCUUCAAGACAGUCUUGAGUUCAUUAAUCAGGACAGCAAUACUCUAAAGCCAGACCACAGCACAAUUAUGAAUGGACUGCUUGGAAACAUAGGUUUUUCACAGCUUUGCAGCCCUAGGCGGGCAUUCUCUGAACAAGGUCCGCUCCGCCUCAUCCGGAGCGCCUCUUUCUUUGCAGUUCACAGCAACCCUAUGGACAUGCCUGGGAGGGAGCUGAAUGAAGACAGAGACAGCGGAAUUGCAAGAUCUGCGUCUCUUAGCAGCCUGCUCAUCACCCCAUUUCCCUCCCCGGGCUCUUCGCUAAACAGAAGUUGUGCUAGUAGCUACCAACGGCGCUGGCGCCGCAGUCAGACGACAAGCUUGGAGAAUGGGGUCUUCCCUAGGUGGUCAGUGGAAGAGAGUUUUAACUUGUCAGAUGACAGCUCCAGCCCGAGCCCAGGAAUUGCCAGGAAAAAGAAAAUAGCGAUUGGGGUGAUUUUCUCGCUCUCAAAGGAUGAAGAUGAAAACAGCAAAUUUAAUGAGUUCUUUUUCUCACACUUCCCUCUUUUUGAGAGCCAUAUGAACAAGCUGAAGAGUGCAAUAGAACAGGCUAUGAAAAUGAGCCGUCGAUCAGCUGAUGCCAGCCAGAGGAGUUUGGCAUAUAAUAGGAUUAUGGAUGCCUUAAAUGAAUUCAGAACAACAAUUUGUAACCUCUACACCAUGCCACGGAUUGCGGAACCUGUUUGGCUUACUAUGAUGUCAGGAAUGCCUGAGAAGAACCAGCUCUGCCAUCGCUUUAUGAAGGAAUUUAUUUUCUUAAUGGAACAAGCCUCCAAGAACCAAUUUUUACCAGCUCUUCUGACUGCAAUUUUGACAAACCAUCUAGCCUGGGUCCCAACCGUCAUGCCCAAUGGCCAGCCUCCCAUCAGAAUCUUUCUAGAAAAGCAUUCCUCACAAAGUGUGGACAUGUUGGCGAAAUCUCAUCCAUACAAUCCAUUGUGGGCACAGUUAGGAGACCUGUAUGGGGCUAUUGGGUCACCUGUCAGACUAUCAAAAACAGUUGUGGUUGGCAAACGACAAGACCUUGUGCAACGUUUGCUGUACUUCCUCACUUACUUCAUCCGAUGCUCUGAACUGCAAGAGACUCAUCUUCUGGAAAAUGGAGAGGAUGAAGCCAUAGUGAUGCCUGGCACUGUUAUCACCACCACCCUAGAGAAAGGGGAAGUAGAGGAAACGGAGUACGUGUUAGUCACAAUGCACAAGAACAGAAGCAAUUUAGCCUUUCAAGAGUCUGAAGAAAUGAGGAGUUCUAACUGCAGCUGUAAAUAUUGCAAAGGCCCUCUUAACCCUACCCAAAAUACAGAGGGUGUUUCAGGACAGGAAAGAGAAGUUACCCAGAAUAUCUCAAAAGUGCAGGCUGAGGCUCUUUCAGAUGAAUGCAGGGCUGCACCUGCUGACUGCCAAGAAAGACCUGCUGAUGUUAAGCAAUGCAAAGAAACCUUGACCUCUUGCCUGGAUAUAAAGUUAGAGAAAGAGGUCUUCUUAGGAUCAGCCUCAGUAGAAACCUGCGUGUUGGCAGAGUCCAGACUGGAACCAACAGAUGGAUCGUGGAGGAGUGAGGAAUCAUUAGAUUCUGCUAAUCAGGCUGUUGAAGUAAUGAGAUCUACAAGUGCAAUGGUAGAGAAGAAGCCUCCUGACAAAAUCUCGUCAGAUGCAAUUCCUUGCAGCACAGCUGAGGCUCAAACAAAGGUGACCUUCCUCAUUGGAGAUUCCAUGUCACCUGAUUCGGAUAUCGAGCUCCGAAGUCAAGCAGCAGUGGAGCAAAUGGCCAGGCACAGCAACCAGAUGGAUACUGAAGAAAGAGUAGCUGCUGAUCAGAACUGUGAAGCAACACAAACCCUUGAGGACCAAAAAAGAGAUCAGAAUACGCCUGAAGUGUUUCCUGAGGUUGCCAGAGAGAUCCAGAAUUGGACUCCUUAUGGUGCAGAAAGUGCAAGCUUGCUUGAUGAAUAUGAGGAAAGUUCAGUAGAAAACAGGACUAUUGAUGAUAUUCCAGUAAAAGGAACAACAGACAUUCUAGAUCCUAGCAGUAGCUUAGAGUUUCCCCCAAAAGUGUGUACAAAGAACAAAAAGCCCCCCAGUCAAUUUUGUAAGUUUAUGGAAUCCGUUCGUCAAGAGACUUGCAAAAACUGCUUUGCAGAGCAGGACCAAAGAGACAAAAUCUCUAUGUGCGUCCCCCAUGGGGACAGAGAGAACUUUGAAAAAAAGGCUGACCCAGGUGUGGAUUGGGACAUUCCAAGAAAUGAGAGCUCAGACAGUGCCCUUGGUGACAGUGAAAGCGAAGAUGCUGGUCAUGAUGUGGCCAGAACAAGCAGUAACUAUUACGGAGCAGAGCAAGAAGAGUGGGCAGAAGAAGAGGACAUACCUUUUCCUGGGUCAAAAUUAAUUGAAGUGAACUCUGUCCAGCCCAGUAUUGCCAAUUUUGGAAGGUCCUUGCUAGGUGGCUACUGUUCAUCUUACGUACCUGACUUUGUUUUGCAAGGAGUAGGAAAUGAUGAGAAACUGAGACACUGUUUGAUGUCAGAUUUGUCGCAUGCGGUGCAGCACCCUGUUCUGGAUGAACCAAUUGCAGAAGCUGUCUGCAUUAUCGCAGACACGGAUAAAUGGACAGUACAAGUUGCCAGUAGUCAGAGGCGAAUCACCGAUAAUAAACUCGGGAAGGAUGUGCUAGUUUCUAACCUUGUCUCCAAUUUGCUUCAUUCCACUCUUCAGCUUUACAAGCAUAAUUUAUCUCCAAAUUUUUGUGUCAUGCACCUUGAAGAUCGAUUGCAGGAACUGUACUUCAAGAGCAAAAUGUUGUCUGAAUAUCUCAAAGGCCAGAUGCGAGUGCAUGUGAAGGAGCUAGGAGUGGUACUGGGGAUUGAAUCCAGUGACCUCCCUUUACUGGCAGCUGUAGCAAGCACCCACUCUCCUUACGUUGCCCAGAUUCUGCUCUAAAAUACCAAAGGGCAAAGACAAUAACUUUAUUUUUUAUAAAAGGGAAGACAAGGAAGCAAACAUGAACCAUUCUUGUCCGGGCUCUUUCUUGCCCUCAGGCAAAUAGACUGAACAGCUUGCUGACUUGACUGUGUGCCUCUGCGACUGAAUACAUGAUGUGCAAACAAAUGAAGUUGUUUCCUCCUUCCUUCCCUCCUUCCCUUUCCAUUCAUAAAAAAAUAAAUAAAAGACCAGACCAGAGACUCGGAUCACUAGAGAAGACACUAGAACGUGGAGGGCUGGCUUGGGCAAUAACUUCUGAAAUGCAUAUAACUGCAAACUGUUAAAAUCACAGGAUUACUGGAGGUUAGAACUGCUUCAUAACCAUAUGCAGUCUUGUUACUGUUUAUUUAAGAGAAUAGAACCAGCUGGCUACUUGGUACAAAUUAGGAGAGCAUUUAAAACAAAUAACAACAAAGCUACAGCUAUUUGUAACAGUUUUAACCAUUUCUGUGCUAAAAGUUGAGACUGCUGAAGAUUUCUUUUACUGGGGGAAAAAUUCAAUUUACAUGGAGGUAAGGGACUUGGAUCGUAGCCUGCUAAUAGCACUCACCUCAGAAAUGUAUUUGCAGGCAUUUCCCCAUGGAUAUGGUGUCUGGGAGUUCAAGCCAAGAAACACGUCUCAUUUUACCAUAAUUUGGGUGUGUGAUUGAUCUUAUGCCUUUGAUGUUGUUCUGAUGUUGUGUUGCUAUCUAAAUACUCCAGAAAACAGAACAUUUGGCCUAGGAAAUGUCAAAUGAAAUUUGUCUCCCACAUUUUGUUAAUGUUGAUUUCAAACACAACCAAACACACAAGACUUUGUUUACUUUGAUCUUGUCCUGUUUGAAGCACAAUAAAUAAAAGUUACCAGCCCUCCAGGCCCGUUAAUAUCUAGGUGAUUCAGGUGCUUAACUUCAUAAAACCUAAAAUUUGCAGAUUUAAGGAAGUUGGUAUGAAAGAGAGAUAAAAGCCAAAACUGGAUACAGAAUAAGAGUACUGAAAAAAUGUUGUCCUUAACUGCUUAAGCAAAUUUUGUUUUGAAGCACCAGAUUUCGUUUUACACCACAGUUUAACAGUUGCAUCAGCAUCAUUUAGUAGAAGCUACUCUGAUGAUGCCACCCUGUUUGUUAAUAAUUGGCUUAAAUAAAAAAAGAGUAGCUAUGUAGUCCCUUCCCCCUCAUAGUUUUAUCCUUGAUUAAGCAAUAGCAUCAAAUAUUUCUAAUGAGGGAGCCAUAAUUUAUAAGACAUGCAUAUAAGUAGAUGAAUAGAUAAUAUUCUGAGCAGGCUCUACUACCUCACUUUGAAUAUUGGGACAUGCGGGCUCAAUUUUCCUAGCACCUAGCCACCACUAACCAUAUGUUCGUCAUUAAUUAUUUUAAUUAUUAGUGUUCUGAGUUUCAUAUGUCAUCCCACAGGGAAAAUUAAACGUAUAUAUUUCUCAUUUACUAAAAUAACACCUGCCAUGCCAGACCUUUUAACUAUUUGCUCUCUGUGCAGGUGAAGAUUGCAGUCCUGGGAAAAAUUGCAUGCCCUAGUGAUUUUUGGUUCCGCUUAAAUCCUGCAAAUAGUUUCGUAAUUUAAGUCUCACGCCACUUUCGGUGAGACUAUUGCAUUUGCUCAAGUGCUUUUGCUUCUUCAGGCUGAAGUGUUUAGACAUGGGUACAUACGGUAGGUUGAAGAUUACAAUUGCACACCCUGAUCUGGCAGCUGCACCAUAUAGAGCGGGGGUUGUCACACAGCUGGAGAAGCAUCCUGUACAAAUGGACCAAGAAUGCGCUGCUAUGCUUUCUUAGGGAUUUCAGACAGAAGGAGCUAGUCCAUAUUGAAUCAAAACGUUUGGUCCCACUUAGCUUAGUAAUCUAAAUUCUGAUUGGAACUGACUCUCCCAAUCCUUAAGUAGAAAUGGCAGGGAUUGAAUUGGGGACUUUCCAUUCAAAACAUUUGCCCUACUGCUGAGCAAUACCUCCUCCCUAAUAAAUUGCUUACCCCAGAACCCCAAGAUUUGUACUGUUCCUAGAUUUAAUGGUGGCAUACGAUGUCUCCAGUCCUUCAUCCCACACUUCCUUUCCAUCCAUUUCUGCAUUGUUUUACAAUAGUGUGCGCAGCUGCUAUGCUACAUCAGUUGAUGGUGGUUUUUGCUGUUUCAGAAACAUCCGUUCAAGUUGCUCCCUAGGUGAGCUCACACUCUGAAGUGUGAUGUUCCAAUGUAUCGAUCCUACACACCGACUUGCAAGUGCAGUUGCAUGUAGGAUCAGUAAGGUGGCCUGAUAAAAUCUCCUAUUCAAGCAGUAAUAAGUGUUGCCAUAGAUGUAGUCUCUCACAUGCCUUCAAAAGCAUUUGAUAACCAAACGCUACCCAUCUCUCCCCAGCACUGGGUUCAUUUGAGAUGCAAGAAUAAAUAUUUUUUAUGCUUGUCCGAAUUUCUGGAAUGGUUACUGUGCAAAAGACAUUGUAGCAUGAUGGCAUGCUUUCCUGUGACUGAUAAUUGUUUAUGGUACAUGCAGAAUCAAGGUACUACACACACCUGUUUGUUUGGAUUUUUUUUUGUUUUUUGUUUAAAAAGGGAACUAUAACAGCACUGUAGUGUUGACCUCUUAAUGUAUCAUGCUUUUCAGAACAAUGUAUAUGCAAAACUAAUCUCUUUGAUUUUUUGCAAUAUUCCCAAUGUCCAUUAAUAUGUCUUAAUUUUAAGGCUGAGAAUAAAUUUUAAGUGUAUUACACAUACAUACUAGCAAAUGUCUUUCUACAACAGCUUGCAAAUGCAAGGCUGCCAAGAAAAGCGGGGAAAUCCAAAGCCGGAUUUUAAACCUCGCCUUUUAAAACCCGUUAGUUAAGGUAGAUGUUUCAAGAGGGUUUGUUUGUUUGUUUGUUUUCAGUCUCCUCUAAAUUAUGUAGAUGGUGGUAUGUGUAAUAUGCCGGGCAAAAUGUACAUACUUGUUAUCUUUCGUGUUUUUUGUAUAUAUAUAUAUUUCCCAAGAUGUGCACUUGUAUUAUAAUAACCAUUCCCAAUUUUAGGGGAACUUUGUGCAAUAAAUACAAUAUUGUCCAUUGAA